AUGAAUAACAAGCCAAUUAGGCAUCAGGCGGCAGGACAUGAUGGUACCUACACUGAUGAAGCUGAAUUGCUAGUUUUUAAACCUACCAAUGAUACCGAGGUUAAAUUCUAUGAAGAUAUGCAAAGCAGAAACGCUCAACAACCCAGAAAAGAAGUAGGUCUGCAAACUUGGAUGCCUCUUUUCAUUGGUACCCUUCUAGAAGGGUUACCAGCGGAUAUGCAGGGGAAUCCGCUCACUUCAGUGCCUAUUCUGGAUGGUAAAGGGCCUGAGAAGCUUGCGCAAGGUGUCAAAACGGGCUCGGGCCGCCCAAUUGUAGUUCUUGAGAAUCUUCUACAUGGUUACAGCAGACCAAUUAUAAUAGAUAUCAAAUUAGGAAGGGUUUUGCAUGAUGACUUGACUGAUAAUGAGAAAAGAGAGCGACUGAUAGCAGUUAGCGAAUCUACGACCUCCGGAAGUCUAGGCUUCAGAAUUUGUGGAAUGAAGGUGCAACAUAAGAAGCAAAUAUGCGAUUUGGAAGAAAGGUACUACGAAAAAGAUGAUCAAGACUAUUUCACAGUGAAUAAACACUAUGGGCGGGAUCUGACGGACCUGACCGUCAUGGGGGGUCUGAAGCUGUUUUUCAGCUCUGAAGAUCUUUCCUGUGAGCGACAGGUGAAGCUAAUCAGCAUCUUCCGUUCACGAUUGACGCUCCUAUUGGACACAUUAUUGAAAGAGGAAGUACGCUUGAUCUCCAGCAGCCUUUUUUUCGUCUAUGAGGCUGAUAGCAAGAGGUGGGAUGAAUUAAAGGAUGAAGACACUCUUUUAAGGAGCACAAUGGACGCGGAAGAGAUAUCUGAUCUCAGUGACGAUGAAGAUGAAGCUGAAUCCAUGCAUCCUCCAACACCGCUGAGUUCUCUUUCUUUGAUCGAUUUUGCACAUUCUCGCCUUGCUCCUAAUGAGGGGAAGGACGAUAAUGUGAUCUUCGGCUUAGAGCGAUUGAUUGAACAGUUUGAUGAACUAUUAAAAGGAUCGAAUGACAUAAACUAA